GCAUUUAUUGCGAAAGGGAUUUUCUAUACAAGUCACGUGAGAAAUCGUUUUAACUACGUCAUAUAAAAUAGGGGAUUUCCAUCAAUGUGUCAGUGUUUGCGAAAUCUGCAAGAAAUUUUAGAGAGCGUGGAGAUUAGUACUGCUGUGAGAGAUUUUAUAGCAUAAAGAAUGAGCACGAAGAGAAAACAAGCGGAUUGUGUGAAACAGCAAGCUAUUAAUAUUUUGUCGAUGAUGCGGAAACAGGAUAAUAAGUUAGAAGACAAAAUGAAAAAGUUUGUGAAAAAAGAUAAAGCUAUCGCUAAAAGAACUUUUGAGACGGAUGUUGAAGGAUGGACACCUGUACACGCAUGCGUAAUGAAAGGUAGUAAACAUUUACUGAAAGUGAUGAUCAGUACUGGAAUUCAUGUGAAUUUUCGAAUGGGACAACCCGAAGGACUUCCGGGGGAGUGUUCUUUACUCCAUAUAGCAGCAUAUAGGGGAGAUGUCAAAAUCUGUAAAUAUUUAAUAUCCCAUGGUGCCUGUGUUGAUGUCCGAGACAAUUUAAACAGAACUCCCCUGUAUUAUGCACAAACAAAGCAGCAUAAUCGGGUUAUCGAGUUACUGAAACAGAAAGGCGGUGACCAGACUGUAAAUGAAACUGAUGCCAUGAUGAUCGACGAAUGUCCGACACCGCAACCCACCAAGCUAGGAUUUUGUUUUUCACCUUUUAUUAAAAAAGCCGAUUGUUAAUAAUUAAUAUGAAGACAUGUUUUACUAUGUACACAUGAAUUACGAGUAUACAUGACAAUCAAAAUCCAUGCACAAUUAAGUUAGUAAAUUGAAUUUACAUGUUUGUAUACUACAAAAUGUUGCUAAUGUUUACUGUAUGUGUGUCUUAAAAAGAAAUGCCAGAUAAAAUAUAA